AUGAACUCGUUACAAAGUACACGGUUGCUAAAACGACGAUCCAAAUCCGUAGACGAUCUGUCGACAUCGUUGACCGUCAAUGACACGACGCCAUUAACUCAUGGAACUCAAUGUUGGGGACCAAAGGAUAUUCAAUCGACCGCGCCACCCGCUGCGUCCUCAAAUUGGCACUGGUCUUCAAGGACACCGCGUCUGCCCUGUCGUCGAUACAGUUCCUGCGUCGAAAUCAAUACCAAAGAAUGUCAGCAAAUUGCCACUAUCUACGGCUGGGGAACCACCGAAGGUUCCGACAACGAAACUUCCAAUAGCCAACCUUCAAAGUUAUCAAGGGAUUUGUUGCAAGCUUAUGCAGAACCCUUGCAUACAUCAGCAGCACCGCGCAGACAAAAACUUCAUCGAGCAUCCCGUUCGUUCGGUUCUACCAGCUCCAUCAGUUCUCCCAGCAAAAAGUUUGCCCGUAUGUUUGGUCGUCGACGAAAGUCACUCACACUCGCCACUUCACCCUCGCACCCUCGGCUUAACAGUAUUAACGAAUCUUCCUUGAGCGUUCAUCCACUGGAUACGUCCGGGGAACUCGAUCAUGCUCCUUGGCACUCGGAAUUCGAACGCCCAGACACCAAAGGUAUUGUCUCGGCCAUCAUUGCUGCUGCCCAUCGGUCGGAAUCAGAAAUCGAUCAGUCGUUGGGCUGGGUGGGCAUGGGCGAGUCCGAUACGGAUCCACCCAUGGAAUCCAAUGUGACAGCCUCGCCUGCGCCUCCCGUCGAAAAUGAUCCUCACGUGUUCGACCUUUUACACCAUGACUCGUCCCACUUUAUUCACUAUACCCAACGCGAUAACACCAUGAUCCUCAGCUCUGCCACCGUUGAAAAGCUGGUAGAAAAAUUGACUCGGGAAAUGGAUUCCGAUUUCCUGCUGGAUUUCUUCUUAACGUUUCGCCAAUUUGUGACGCCGAUCAAGCUAUGCAAAUUGCUUAUUCUGCGAUUUCGUUGGGCGUUAUUGCAAGAUAACGAUGAGCGACGUUUGGUACGGAUAAGAUCCUUUGUCGUGAUUCGCCACUGGCUCACUCAUUAUUGGGCUCAUGAUUUCAUGCCUUCACGUACGCUUCGAUUCAUGCUGUGCACGUUUCUCACCCAACUUCGAACCCAUCCAGUGAUCCUGGCGUCACCACGCGAUGCACGUAUCAUUCGUAACCUACGUCACGUACUUAAACAACAACGACAAAUGCACAAGUUGGCACAAAAGCAGGACCAUAUCAGUCAAAUGUUGCUGUCGCAUCCCAGUAGCCCGUUUCGAUAUACCAGUACAACCUCACUUGACGAUAUCUAUCAUGUCAACCGACACAAUCCAAAUCGAUCCGGCAUCACAUCCGGUCACGACCGAAUUCGAUCGUUGCCUAGAUACAGCAUCAAUUCUCGAAAAGACAGUGCCAUUGGAUUAAUGCACACGCACACUCUACCGACCAAGGAUCUCCGACCGUCCAUGUCAACCCCUGCCUUGCCCUUUUUGAACAGAUCCCGUCGCGUUUCCGUCAGUUCGCAUCGAAGUGUGAACGAGGAGAACGCGUGGUCCGGUAAAAUGAAUUUCAGUAUCAAAACCAUCAAGCGCACCGUUCCAUCCAUGUGUCAAUCCUUGUUCCAUGGCAUCACCCAUCCACAGGCGGAACUGUCAUGCGAACGGUGCCUGAGUAAUCGUGCUAUGAAGCGACGAUCUUCUUUUUUAUUACGAUCCGCGAGCCGUUUCUUUGAUGCCAAACCGCCCGCGGCUGCUCGAGAUAGUUAUGAAGGAGAGCCGCGACUCUCCACCUCGACUCCUACGCCUACCCUUUCGAACCGGAUCAAUUCUGCUCCAGUGUCUCCUUUAUGUUCCACUCACGCAUCGGUUACUCCGACACCACAACGGCUUCGCCGCCGGUCCACUUCGUUUUAUCGACAAUCGUUGAAUGCAUCCCACUUACUCCACACCCCUUUUUACAAAUCCGAGAUUCUGCGCUAUCGGUCGGAACUGAUUGCUCAACAGUUUUGCAUUCUUGAGCAACGUAUGUUGCAAACAGUGACAUGGAACGAACUGGCCGAGUUGCGGUGGCGUAAACGGUCAAGAACGAACACGGUUCAUAAAAGAAAUGGUACCGUCAUUCAUCAAGUCGACCAAGAAAAGGGAGUUGAACAGUUGAUCAAUUUCUUCAACAUGAUUUGCCAAUGGGUAGCCUCUGAAAUUGUACGAUCACGAUCGCUCGAAAUUCGGGUCAAAGUGAUUGAGAAAUUUAUUCGCAUUGCAUUGAAAUGUUACCAUCAUCGCAACUACAGUACGUUGAUGCAAAUCCUGUUGGGUUUACAAUCCCCUGCAGUCUCGCGACUGGAAAAAACGUGGCAGCGGGUGGAUCAUUAUGAACUUCAAAUUUUUGGUGACCUGAAAAAGAUGGCCAAACCGUUCCGGAACUGGAAGAAUGUGCGGGAUGCCAUGAACAAGGCCACGGAAGACAUUUCCGAAUCGUCUGCAGUUGAAACCAUUCUCACCCAAAGCAAAACGUAUGCUACCGAUCUAUCGCUGAUCCAAGGCUGCAUCCCUUUCCUCGGCCUUUACCUUUCAGACCUUGUCUUCAAUGCUGAAUUGCCCACCUUUAUCGAACAUUCUCGUGCCAACUUGACCGUCAGUGAGAUUAAAGACAGCGACCUGAAUGCCCGAUUGUGCACUCACCUGGUCAAUUUCAACAAGUUUCGCAUCACUGCUUUCCAAGUCUUGUCUCGUGCUUACAAUUUUGCAAUCCACGCUGAGCUGUAUACUCGUCUACAGAAGCCCGUCAUUCUGGACAAUAUCGAGAUUCGAAAGGCCAGCUUUUUAUGCGAAGAGUGA